AUGGAGCAGCGGAGAUGGCUCGCGGCAGCCGUUUUGAUGUGCCUGCUUGUGCUUUGCUCCGGGAGAGAACUCAAGACCAAACAUGCGCCCAUAUAUGACCCAGCGCUUGCCCGGACACUUGCUGAAUAUACUUCUGCUGUCUAUACUGCUGACCUGACCCAACUGUUUACAUGGACGUGUGAAAGAUGUUGUGACUUAACAGAGGGGUUCGAGGUGAUAGAGCUGAUUGUUGAUGUGAAAAAUUGCUUACAGGCAUAUGUUGGAUUUGCUAGAGACAUGAAUGCAGUUAUAGUUGUGUUCAGGGGCACUCAAGAAAACAGCAUUCAGAACUGGAUAGAAGACUUAUUCUGGAAACAACUUGAUCUCGACUACCCAGGCAUGCCUGAAGCAAAGGUUCAUAGUGGAUUUUAUUCUGCUUACCAUAACACAACAAUGCGUGACGGAGUUGUCAGAGGUAUUAAAAGUACUAGGGAACUGUAUGGUGAUAUUCCCAUCACGGUCACAGGACAUUCCAUGGGAGGAGCUAUGGCUUCAUUUUGCGCCCUUGAUCUUGUUGUUAAUCUUGGGUUCAAGGAUGUGACACUCAUGACAUUUGGGCAACCUCGGAUUGGCAAUGCUAUAUUUGCUUCUAAUUUCAAAAGAUAUUUGCCGAAUGCAAUUCGAGUGACCAAUGCACAUGAUAUUGUACCUCAUUUACCCCCAUACUAUCACUACUUUCCACAAAAGACAUACCACCAUUUCCCCCGAGAGGUAUGGAUUCAUAAUGUUGGCCUAGGAAGCCUCAUCAUAUAUUCGAUUGCGGAAAUUUGUGAUGAUUCUGGAGAAGACCCGACUUGUAGCAGGUCUGUGAGUGGAAACAGCGUGCAUGACCAUAUACACUAUCUUGGCAUCAGCAUGCAUGCCGAGUCAUGGGAACAUUGCAGAAUCGUUACCGACAAUAGAACCCUGCCACAGCAGUAUAAGAUGGAUCCUGAUGGCAAUAUAAUCUUGUCGAAGCAGCCUGGCUUAUCAGUGAAUGAACUACACAGUGCACAAUGA